AUGCCUCAUCGGCCUCCUUUUCCACCGCCGGGCUGCUGGCCUCCUCCGGGAUGUCCGCCGGGUCCUCCCCCGGGAUGUCCUCCGGGUCCGCCGCCGGGAUAUCCUCCAGGUCCUCCGCCGGGGCCGCCGUUCUUUGCGCCACCGUUUUGGCCUCCGCCACCUCCGUUUUGGCCGCCCCCUUGCCCGGGAUAUCCGUCAAAACCCGAUAAACCACCGUCGACUUCUGAAACGCCCUCGAAGCCCGGAGAGCUACCGUCGAAGCCUGACCCUCCGCCGGAGAAUCCUUCAAAACCCGAUAAGCCGCCGUCGAAGCCUGACCCUCCGCCGGAGAAUCCUUCAAAACCCGUUAAGCCGCCGUCGAAGCCUGAUCCUUCGCCGGAGAAUUUUGUUCCCGGUGGUAGUGGUGAUGAAGUGAAGCCUCCGACUGGGACGAAUCCUGGUUCGGCGGAGCCCGUCCGUCCACUGCCGGAAAAUGUUCCCGGUGAUGAUGAAGUGAAAGCUCCGACCGGUCCGAAUCCCGGUCCGACCGGUUCAUCCGUUCUUGAUGAUCCACCGCUUUACUAG